GUUGAAGGUGGGUGUGACAGACAGCAUCUUUAUUACCCUCCAAAAAGUCUACAGGAAUUGUUUUUUUAGUCUGUAAAUUGACCUGCAGCGCACUCUUAAGAUGGCAGCCUCUGAAGAUAUCCAGGUCAAAGAGCUCGACAAGCGGGCUUCUGGCCAGGCCUUUGAGGUCAUCCUGGGUGCUCCUGCCCCAGACGCCAAGGGUGAGUUCCCCCUGUCUCCUCCCAAGAAAAAGGAUGUCUCACUGGAAGAAAUCCAGAGGAAGCUGGACGCUGCAGAGGAGAGACGCAAGAACCAUGAAGCCGAGGUUCUGAAGCACUUAGCUGAGAAGCGUGAGCAUGAAAAGGAAGUGCUACAGAAAGCUAUGGAGGAGAACAACAACUUUAGCAAGAUGGCAGAGGAGAAGCUCAAUCAGAAGAUGGAGGCCAACAAAGGGAACCGCACAGCAAUUAUGGCAGCGAUGAAUGAGAAAUUCAAGGAGAAGGACAAAAAGUUUGAAGAGGUGCGAAAGAACAAGGAAACCAAAGAGAACUCAGAAGAAGGCACUUCGGAAGACUGAAAGUCACCAACGGGGGAUUGUAUAGGGUUUUUUACGUAUCCAAAGAUUGAUUUAUUUUUUGUUCGGCCAGUAUUUUUGUUGUGUUCACUACCCACCUUUUUGAAAUAAAACAAGUUCCACUUUGUGAA